UAACGUGUUAGCAACUCCGAAAGUGUAUCAAAACGGUUUCCCAGCAUCAAAAUGUCUGGUUGUUGUGUUUACGGUUGCACUAAUCGAUAUUCCACCAAGGGGCUUAAGUUUUAUAGGAUUCCGACAGGAUCACGGUCGUUUCAGAAGAACCGGCGGCGCCUGUGGCUGCAGGCGAUUAAACGUGUUGAUUGGAGCGAGGACAUAAUAAAAAAUGCUCGCGUCUGCAGCGCCCACUUUAUAUCAGGUGAGGCGUCAUUGGACUGUAGUAGUCCUGAUUUUGUGCCUUCUGUGUUUGUGUACACAAAACCGAGCCAGAACCCCGAAGCAAAAUUGGAGAGGUACCAUAGGAAAAGGAGGAGAGAUGAUAGACCAAUAACGGCAGCAAAUCUAUGUGUUUCUUCUAAAACUCUAAAACAAGAAUGCAGCAUGGAUCAUUGUCCAGCUGAAGACAACAUCCCAGUUACAAAGAGGGAAUAUGAUGACCUGAACCAGAGACACUGUCAGCUUCAGGAGGACUAUGUACACCUGUGUCAGAAGUUUGAGGCACUACAAGCAGAAAAUGUAAAGCUGAAAGAGGAGCUGCAGAAAUCUACAUUUUCCUACACAACUGUUAAGUGCAACAUUGGACAAUUGUUUUUUCUCACCGGACUGACCUCCGUGCUCUUUGAGUGGCUAGACAAGCAGAUCACAAAAGAGUCAGGUUUCUUAGAACUUUUGGAGCCUAGGGAUGAGGUUUUAGCCGACAGGGGAUUUCUCAUCAGAGACGAGCUUGCAGCUUAUGGUGCAACCCUUCGUAUCCCUCAUUUCACAAAAGGAAAAAAGCAGCUUUCUGCACAGGAAGUGGACACAUCUAGACAACUUUCUCGUGUGAGAAUCCAUGUGGAGCGAGUUAUUGGUCGGUGGAAAAACUUUAAGAUUUUGCAAACAGUUAUUCCAGUGUCGCAGGUUAACAUGCUAGACGAUGUUGUGACUGUAUGUGGUGCCCUCACAAACCUCUGUAAGAGUGUUGUUUCCAAAUGA